ACCGCAAACCACGAGAAAAAAGCAGGAAGAGCUCAUAGGGUUAGGCAGACCUAGUUUGGCAUACACAAACAAAGCCGAGCAUGUCUUUGGUAUUCCGUCUUCUGGGUGGUGUGCUUCAAGCAUAGCAGGUUCGAGGUGGUUGUUUGAGGUGAUUGAUGAUGUUGUAAAGUGUUUGGAGGUGCAGGAAGAGUGCUGGAGGGUGUGUGUGGGUGCAGAGGAGACGAUGUUCGAGGCAGACGAGCUGCUGCUGCAAAUCAAGCCGCACGGAGGCAUCAACCUGCUCGACACCACAGUCUUCCUCCGCAUCUGAUACCAUCAGAUAUAAAGACAAUAGCAAUUGACAAUUGAUCAUCAGGCUAAUCACAAUGGAUUUGACAAAGGCAAAGAUCACUGACGUGAAGGAUUUGAAAUCCGAGGAUGCGAGAUGGGUUAAAAUUCAAAAAGUGUACUACCAAGACCCCAACGGGAAAGCUCGCGACUGGGAAUUCUGCUCCAGACAGACGCGCGUCGAAGGAAGUGAUGUUGAUGGAGUCGGAAUCCUCGCGAUCUUUGAAAAGGAUACUGGUCCCGAAAUCCUUCUGCAGCGCCAAUUCCGUCCCCCCGUGAACGGCGUCGUGAUUGAAUUCCCCGCCGGGCUGCUGGAUAAAGGCGAGACGCCCGAGCAAUGCGCCGAGCGCGAAUUGUUGGAGGAAACAGGCUACAUCGGCACCGCGUUCCAUAGUAGCCCCAUUCUUUUCUGCGAUCCCGGAUUCUGCAACACGAAUCUGAAACUGGUGCAGGUCUCAAUCGACCUCUCCGACGAACGCAACAAGAACCCGAAACAACAGCUCGAAGACGGAGAGUUCAUCGAGAACUUCACUGUCCCGCUCAAGGAAUUCCCCGAACGACUCGAGGCGCUGGCGAAGGAGGGAUAUAUCCUCGACGCGCGCUUGAUGAAUAUCGCAGAGGGCAUCCUCGUUGCCCGCAAGUAUGCCUUGUAAUCUCUCUCGCUCUCUCUCUCUCUGUAUAGUGGUGAGAUCUGAUGUCAAGGUUGCGGAUUUAUUGUAUUGAUAUUCAGGAAAAGAUACAAACACAUGUACUCAUGCAAGACAAGAUAAGAAAAUUCGUAGCAUAAAUUUAUACUAAACU